AUGACAACGAUAGCCCGUUCCAGGAAGGCUGCUCUGGCAGUACUUCUCUUCUGUCUGGUGGGUCUUAUCGGAACUGUUACAGGAGCUGACAAUGUCGAUGCUGAACAGCGAAACCUGUUCAAGGAUGACCAGAGUUUCUGGGCUCGAUUUGUCGACGAAGUCACUGAGGCUGAGAUUUCCUGUGUCGACGAACGAGGAACGCCAUGUGAUCAGUUGACCAAGCCCGAGGGCACCUGCUCUGUCGGAAACAACCCUGACACGGUCAAAUUUUCUCUCAAGUUCUGCACUUGCGAUGAAAGUCGCAAUACCCAACCUGGUUUCAUGGACACUUGCGAGGAGGAUGCAGGUUUGCCCAGUGCCGGCUCAACUGCCACAGUUCGAGUCACCUGUGUGAACCCGGGCGGAGCCCCUCUAUUUUCCGAAAACGUCCAAGAAGGCGAUGAGAUUGUCAUCGAUGGUGGCUUGCCUGACGCAAUGACAUGUUCCGUCUUUUCAUCAACUGGAAUUCUCUUGCAAAAGGUUACCAUCGACACUUCUGGUGAAGUUGACCUCUACCUGAAAGACAAGUUUGGCAGCUUCGAGUUGGAGGCAUGUGAUGACAAGGACUGCCUCCCUGAUGUCACUUACUCCUAUACCAUCUUCAAUACAGGUCCAGUUCCAGUGACUGUAACCAAGUUCGACCGCACCAGAGAUGGCCAGACCGAGAAUCUUCUUCCAGACUUGGUGCCGCAAGUUAUCCCUGCUCAGAGCACUGGCUCUGCGAGUGAGACUGAGCAGGUGGAUGUUUGUAUUGAUGGCGAGUUCUUCACAUCUAUAGAGGUUGAGGCCUUCCCUGCCACUGGUCUUGUCUGUCCAGCUGAGGCUGACUAUUUCUUUGCCAUUGAAGUCGGCUGCCGUGUCAAUGUUGAAAUUGAGUGCAUGGCUGAAGAUGGAACAGAAUGUGAUGACUUGGUAGCGCCAACAGGAUCAUGUUCUCUGACUGGGGCACCUAUCACUGAGCUCAAGUUUCAAUAUGUAGACUGCACCUGUGACAAGAGCCUGAACUCUCAGGAUGAAGCCGCCUGCAGUGAUUUAGCGCCUCUCCCAAGUGGACCUGCAACAGUCUCUUGUGUCCCUGCUGGUGGCGGGUCUGAACUUGUGGUUAAUCCCAGUACAGUGAGUACAGGAGAUACCCUAGUGAUUACAAGUCCAGAUGGAUCUCCCCUGCCUACAGAAGUGGUCUGUACUGUUAGUGAUGGUUCUACACCAGCACAAGAGUUCUCUUUCUUCACUGGAGGUGGAGUUGACUUGGACCUGAAGGAUAAGUUUGGAUCCUUUGAACUGCUGUCAUGUCAAGAUGAAGCAGGAAGCUCCCAGGAUUGUGAAGUUCUUGUCUGCUAUGUGUAUGAUCUUGAGAAUGUGGGCACGAAUGACAUGGAUAUUACCCUGCUUGAACGAACAAGGGAUGGCGAAACUAUUAGCUUGAUGAGCUUGCUUGAUGUCACAAGCCUUCGUCCUGGUGAUGAGACUAGUGUCACUGAAAAGGAACUCAUUGACAUUUGCCUUGAUGAGACAUACACUACCACUGUCAGUGUCGAAGCAGAUCCACCCAAUGGAAUCACGUGUUUUGAUGAGGCCGAAUAUGAGUUUGGCACAGAAGUCAGCUGUAAUGUUGAAGUGGAGAUCACUUGCAUGAGUGAAAGUGGUGUGGAAUGUUCACAGCUUGAGAGCCCUGUGGGAACGUGCAAUCUGAAUGGAGGCAUCCCAAUGACAGACAUAAAAUUCAAAUAUGUUGAUUGCACAUGUGAAGAGAGUGCCCUCACCAACACUCAACCUGAUGCCAUGUGUACUGAUUCUGCACCCCUUCCCAAUGGUCCAGUGGAUAUUGUUUGCUCCCCUGUUGGUGGUGGUGCUGCCCUAACUGUUGUGCCCAGCAGCAUUUCUCCUGAUGACACUGUGGUUAUCUCUGCUUCAGGAGGUGGUACCCUGCCUGAUGAGGUGAUGUGUGUUCUCAGUGAUGGUGGCACGCCUGUUCAAGAAUUCACCUUUGCCACUAACCUGGACUUGAGUCUCAAGGACAAGUUUGGAGCUCUUGAGCUUGAGGCUUGUAGCAAUGAGGCUGGAGGACAGCUUGACUGUCUAGCCAUUCUUUGCUAUGAAUAUGAUCUGGAGAACAUUGGUACCAAUGACAUGGACAUUACCCUCAUUGAACGAACACGCAACAAUGUGACAGAAUCUCUGUUGGGGAUGUUGGAAGUAACCAGCCUGAGCCCUGGAGAAUCCACAUCAGUUGUUGAAAAGGAGGAGAUUGAUCUGUGUGUGGAAGACGAGUACUUCACUACUGUGUCAGUGGCAGCUGACCCUCCGAAUGGAAUCACCUGUUUUGAUGAGGAUGAGUAUUCCUUUGACAUCAACCCGCCUUGUCAAAUCUUUGUCCAGAUGGACUGCACAGUGCUAGAUGAUGGAAGCACCACUGUUGGUGGAGAAGACUGUGAAGAGCUGACUGGCGAGCAGUUUGUUGAAUGUGACUGCGCUGAUGAUUGUGCCAGGCAGAUCAUCUACCGAUACACUGCUGCAGGAUGUGCACCUGGACUCUCUGAUUGUAGUGAUACAAGUAAUUUGCCAACAGAUGCCUACAUUGUUGUCCAGACCAAUGGUGUUGCCAUCUUUGAAGGACAAGUUGCAGUAGACACCGAUAUCACUAUCAGCAAUGGAGGCAAUUGCAUCCCUGACACACUUGAUGUUUCUGUGAGCUCAGGACCUGGUGUGUUGGCAUCCCAGACAGUUACAGUGGAUUCCUCGUGUGGCGGAGCUGUCACACUGCUGGACAACUUUGGAGCCUUGCAAUUUACCGGUUAUACUUGUGAAGAUGAGGUUCCCCACAACUGUUUCACUGAUGUGGUGUACAAUGUUACAACAUGCAAUGUUGGAACUGUCUCCCAAGUCGUGACAAGCUGGAAUUUUGGCCUCAAUGAUGAAACAAGAGGGCCAGAUGUUGCCUUGCCCACUCUUGACCCCAAGGAAUGUUUUUCUGCACUGGAACCAGCAGAGGUUGGGCUAUGUGAGGACAAUCAAUAUGCAGCAACAGCAGAUGCCACUGCUAAUGGGUCGGCUGAUGGUGAGCAGUGUGAAGAUGAUGCUACUCUAACAUUUGACAUCACAACUGGAACCCCAUUCCCAAGCCCAAGCCCGAGUGAAUCCCCUACUCCUGCACCCUCUCCACCACCCACUCCACCUCCAACACCACCACCCACCUCCACCGCCAACACCGCCACCAACUCUCCACCCACACCUCCAACACCACCCCCACACCACCCCAAGCAUUGA